CUCCAAAGCCUCUCUCCUUCAUCUCCUCUCCUUCGCUCCUUCCUCUCUCUUUCCCAACUUUCAACUCAAUUUCUCCCAUUUACCCUUCCUUCACUUUCUCUCUCUACACUCCAUCGUCAUUCCCCCCUCUCUUUCUCUCUCUAAAAACUGAACCAAAGAAAACAGUUGCGACUUAAGAUCAGAACUCGCAUAGAUUCAUCACGAGUCUCACCGAUCCGUGUCAAUCUCUCUCUCGGGCAUGGCGUCGACAAUCUCCGAGAGAGUCGAGCUCGCGAAGCUGUGCACUUCUCGAGACUGGUCAAAGGCGAUUCGAGUCCUCGAUUCUCUUCUGUCCCAGUCAUGGAGCAUCCAAGACAUCUGUAACCGAGCGUUUUGCUAUAGUCAAUUGGAGCUUCACAAGCAUGUGGUCAAGGACUGCGAUAGGGCUCUUCAGCUUGACCCAGCGCUUCUUCAAGCCUACAUUCUCAAAGGUCGUGCAUUUUCUGCAUUGGGAAGGAAAGAGGAUGCUCUUUUGGUCUGGGAGCAAGGUUAUGAAUAUGCUGUUCAACAAUCUGCAGAUUUGAAGCAACUGCUUGAACUGGAAGAGCUUCUGACAGAUGCAAAACAAAAUAGAAGUACUUGUGAAAACCAUGAUAUGGAGUUCUCUAACUCUUCUUUGCCUGCAUCUGAAUCCGGGCCUCUAAUUUCUAUCAAAUCAAGUGAGAUCUGUAAUAAUCAUAGUAAGUUGAGUAGUGAGUUUGAACAGCAGGGUGAAUCAAGUGAUACAUCUGUGAUUCACAGCGAGUCAAACUGUAGAUCUGACGUACCUGGUGAGUCAAGUGAUAAAGUUAAGAACAUAAAGUCUGAUAGCCAACCAGAUGGAACUUACAGUAGCCAAUCAAAUGGAACUUAUGGUAGCCAGCCAAAUGGAACAGAUGACUUAAGUGAUACAUCAGAAUCAUCCAGCAAAUUAUCAGUGAUUUGCAGCAAAUCAAGUGAUAUAUCUGAGUUUCGCAGCAAGCCAAGUGAUAAAUUUGGCAUACGCAAUGAAUUAAAUGAUGAUGCCAAGAAAAACAAAAAAAUAAAUGAUGAUCCCAAGAAGAACAAAAAAUUUGGUUUUACUAGGAUUCCAAAGGCCAAGUCAAUAACUGUUGAUAUGCGAUUGUCAAGGGGAAUAGCACAGGUCAAUGAAGGGAAAUAUGCUCUUGCCAUAUCCAUCUUUGACCAGAUUCUAAAAGAGGAUCCUACUUAUCCUGAGGCGCUAAUAGGAAGAGGAACAGCAUAUGCAUUUCAACGAGAACUCGAUGCUGCUAUUGCUGAUUUCACAAAGGCUAUAGAAUCAAACCCAUCAGCUGGUGAGGCAUGGAAACGAAGAGGGCAGGCCCGAGCUGCCUUGGGAGAAUCCAUGGAGGCCAUUUCAGACUUGACCAAGGCGUUAGAGUUUGAGCCGAACUCAGCAGAUAUAUUACAUGAAAGGGGAAUUGUCAGGUUCAAGUUUAAGGAAUUCAAUGCUGUUGUUGAAGACCUAUCUGCCUGUGUAAAGCUUGAUAAGAACAACAAAUCUGCGUACACAUAUCUGGGUUUGGCGUUAUGUUCACUUGGUGAAUAUAAGAAGGCUGAGGAAGCACAUAUGAAAUCAAUUCAAAUUGAUCAACAUUUUCUUGAAGCAUGGGCUCAUCUAACACAGUUCUAUCAAGAUUUGGCAAAUUCAGAAAAGGCUUUGGAAUGCCUUAAUCAGGCUUUGCAAAUUGAUGGGAGGUUUGCCAAAGCAUAUCACUUGCAAGGACUUCUUCUCCAUGGGAUGGGAGAGCACAGGAAUGCCAUCAAGGAGUUAUCAAAUGGGUUGAGGCUUGAAAGUGCAAACAUUGAGAGUCUAUAUUUACGGGCUUCAUGCCAUCAUGCUAUUGGAGAAUAUAGAGAAGCGGUGAAGGAUUAUGACGCUGCAUUGGAUUUGGAACUAGAUUCAAUGGAAAAAUUUGUGUUUCAAUGUCUGGCUUUCUAUCAGAAAGAAAUUGCUUUAUACACUGCUUCAAAGAUCAGCAGUGAAUUCUGUUGGUUCGAUAUUGAUGGAGAUGUAGAUCCGCUAUUUAAGGAGUAUUGGUGUAAAAGAUUACACCCCAAAAAUGUAUGUGAAAAGGUUUACAGGCAACCUCCCCUGCGUGAUUCUCUGAAAAAGGGUAAGCUGAGAAAGCAUGAUUUUGCCAUCACAAAACAGAAAAGUGCUCUUUUACAGGCUGCAGAUUAUAUUGGCAAGAAGAUCCAGUAUAAUUGCCCUGGCUUCUUGCCUAAUAGGCGUCAGCAUCGUAUGGCGGGAUUAGCUGCUAUCCAAAUUGCACAAAAGGUCUCAAAGGCUUGGCGUUCUUUACAAAUAGAAUGGAAAUAUUCUAAUAAAAACACAACAAAAUAUGGCAAGAGGACCCGAAGAAAGGAAAAGAUCAGUAUCCCCAGCCAGAAUAGAGGCGGUGCUGGUUGUAGUACUAGCAAUUCCUCAGAAACAUCAACUUCAUAUGGUGUCACCGAAGAUAGAUCAUCGGGCCGUUCUAUGAUGUCAUGGCAUGAUGUUUAUUCAUUUGCUGUCAAAUGGAGACAGAUAUCUGAGCCUUGUGACCCAGUUGUGUGGAUUAACAAGUUAAGUGAGGAGUUCAAUUCUGGAUUUGGAUCUCAUACGCCGCUUAUUCUUGGGCAAGCAAAAGUUGUUCGGUACUUUCCAAAUUUUCAAAGGACACUGAAUGUUGCCAAGGCUGUCAUGAAGGAAAAGAUGUAUGUCUACAACAAGGGAGACAAUAUCAUUGAUCUGUCUGAAGAUGGGAAAUUACAAGAUAUUAUGAAUGCAGAAUCGUGCUAUGAUCUUUACAGAGUUGUCAAUGAGGACUUCUGGUUGGCCACUUGGUGCAAUAGUAUAGCAUUUGAGGGGAGGCGUCUUGAAGGAACGAGGAUCACCAUGCUGAAAAUGGGGGAACAUGGUUUUGACUUUGCAAUUCGAACACCUUGUACACCUUCAAGAUGGGAAGAUUUUGAUGCAGAAAUGGCAAUGGCCUGGGAAGCUCUGUGCAAUGCUUAUUGCGGUGAAACUUAUGGGUCUACCGAUUUCGAUGUGCUAAAAAAUGUGAGAGAUGCAAUCUUAAGGAUGACAUAUUACUGGUACAAUUUCAUGCCGCUUUCUAGAGGUUCUGCUGCCGUUGGGUUCGUAGUUUUGCUUGGAUUACUUCUUGCUGCUAAUAUGGAAUUCACUGGGAGCAUCCCGCAAGGUUUGCAGGUGGAUUGGGAAGCCAUUCUGAACUUCGAUCCAAACUCCUUUGUGGAUUCUGUAAAGAGUUGGUUGUAUCCAUCUCUCAAGGUCACUACAUCCUGGAAAGAUUAUCCAGAUGUCACAUCAACUUUCGAGACAACAGGUUCAGUUGUUGCCGCUCUGAGUUCCUAUUCUGACUGAGCAUUUUACAUCCCUAAGAGAGAGCAUUGUAAGCAAAGCGAUAAAUUCUGGCCAUUGAUCGCCUCUGAAGUGGUUUAUUCUGGCAUCCUGAACCAGUAAAGAACCUGAUUAACUCGAGGCAAGAUUGCUUCAUGUUCUCACAGGCUUGUGUUAUAACAUAUGUGAUUGUUGUACAUUAUUUUCCAUUCUUUCAUGUUUUUUUUUUUUUUCUUUUUCUUUUUCUCCCCCUUUUUUCCUUCAGUAGUUGUCUUACAGUACAAUUUCUACUAAAUUUCUAAAUAAUAGCAUUUCACAUAUGGCAAUUUUUAUUUUUA